AUGUUCACGGACAGCGAGGAGGUGGAUGUUGGCGUUGCGAGCUGGGGGUUCCUGAGACUUGCGAGACAUUCUUUUGCCUCUAAACGGACGAGAACCUUCAAGUUCGAUGAGGCCGAAGUUAUCGCGAGAGGGGAUGAUGAAGUGAGCCGCGAGUUAAUUGAGUCAUGGUACACUGGACGUCAGUCUAUCAACAAGUGCAACGACAUCCCCACUCCAUAUCCCGUCCUGGGGCAUAUUCUAGCCUAAUUAAUUAACCACUCAGGAGCGCGCAGGCCGGUGAGCCAGAUGGCCGAGCAAUUAUCACGCCGGCAUCCAGCACGGGUGAUGAGAUUUCAGCAAUUAACAACUUGCAUGUCGGCCAUCAAGCAAUUAGCGCACCCACGGAAAAGAAUUCUUGAUGAAGGGGAAAGCGCUUAAUUAUAAUGGGUAUGCGGUAGCAUAGCGACUGCUUCCUAUAAAUAGCACAACUUCCUGUGCACGAAUAACUCGUUUCUGCCACUGCCUCUGAGGAUGGGUUUAAGUGAAAUCCGAAGCGCGAGGCAAAUAAAACCCUUUUUCCAGUGACUGCUUCUACUUCUUAACAAGGACAAUCAGCUUGCCCGUCUUUGGCGCAGCCGACAAGAUGGCAUGCUGGUCAUUGUGGAACUUGUUCUUCGUCCCGUCAGAGCGGUCGUCUCACGAUGUCUUGGCGAGUAUCAAAGGCGAUGUUAGCAUCACGUCGCUCUGUCUUUGGGCGGCGCAACCUCCCACAGCUGUCCCUGUUCGGAUAAUCGAGCUUUGCUGAGGGCUGCGACGUCCAGCUUCUCAAGUUAACAACAACUUCAUUUCUUGAAGAAGAAGAAGACACGAUCGCCUGACGUUUCCGAUUCCUGCUCGAAUCCAUCAUCAGAGACAUAAGCAGAUAAGGGUCAUUUCUUUCGGCCAGUUGCCUAGCAGAUUGUCUCAAAGGGAGCCAGUAUUCCAGACUGCCAGACUGGUGAGAGACACUCUACCAGUCUGUGAGGUAAAGUGGAGGUGACGGGUACGGAAGUUGUUCGUGUCACGGUGGCGAGUUUUGCAACUACGAGCCACAGUUCACUUGCGGAUGGCCUGAUCCCUCAGCAUUCGUUAAGAGCACCCUUAGGGCUCUUUCUCUGCCAGCAGGUAAGCAGGUGCGUCUCCAAGUAGGGAGGCUUAAAUAUACCCGACGACCGCCAAGCUUCCCUAAGGUUCACGACCUUCUUUAGGGAAGGGCAACCCGAGUUGUCCUGGGACUUUUUUAAGUGGAGGGAAGAGAGAGGAAACGGAAGGGGAGAUGUAGGAGGGAGGUGGAGCGAUGUAAAUGGGAGUGGGAAUGGAAUUGCGCGUUGGGGGGAUACACAACACCAGAUACCCUCACCCGGUUUAGCUCGCCGGUAAAGGCGGUUACCUGGCUAUCACUGUUGGGCAGCCACAAGUGAGAGUUUAGUGCUAAUUCGAUCAUCGCAAGCGACGAUGUCCACCAAUGACGCAUAAAGGGGGGGGGACAGGAACGGUGACUUGGAAGUCAAUUAAUUUAUGGUGAAGCAGACUUGUAAAGCGCACCCAAACUCCCUCCGCCCUCCUUCAAACACACACAGUAAACAGAAAAGGCUAGUCUUCUCAAAAAUCACACUACUUUAUCAAAUUUAAUUGGUCACUCGAGACUAAUAGAAUCCUUAUCCAACAUUUCGCAUAUCCGCACUCGCAACGGUGACGAUUCAAAGGGGAAGCAGUGCCCAGACGCGUUAAUGGGGCCAUUUAAGUGCGCAUUUUUAACCUCUGGGCCUUUUAAAAAGCGCUAAUUUCGAUAGGCCUUAGUGCUGUUUUAACUACUGAUUUUACAGCCAACCUAGUGCAUUAGGUUCAUACGAAAUAGGCUCCGUCAUAACUAUGAGCCGUUAGCCAACACUUGACUCUCCUGCCUUCCUACCACAUUUUUCGUGGUUUUCUGCUUUGGGGGCGGCAAAAUAAGAUAACUUGCAGCACCCCACGGCACAGCCCUCUGCCACUCACGCAAGCCAACGCUCGUUUCUGUGUGUGGGUGGGUUGGUUACAUUAAAGUACAUAUCAGAAAAAGACUUAGCCAGCAUCUUUGAUAACCGACGGCAUCUCAACUGAUAGGAGCGCUAUGCAGAGCAGCGGAGUGAUGCGUUACUGGCCCCUCUUCCUCCGACGCGCUGAUCUGCUAAAUCCUGCCGCGAUUGUACAUUCAAAAGAUUUUCGUCAGCAUUUUUUGUGGAGUUUUUUUUCGUUCAGCGCUGCCCCAGAAGGGGUUCACAGGAUUACGAGGCAAGCGUCUUUCGGUCGUUUUUGCUGGUUGAGGAAUCACGAACACUUUCGUGGACACAUUUUUUAAAUUGGCAAUCAGAUCUCUAAGUCUGGGCUGCCGCAUACGCGGGGAGUAAAUCACUGUGUAAUUUUCCUUCGAAACGCAUGAAGGCCAUAUCUGUGUCAUUUAUAAAGAAAUUGAUUGGCGCUAUCUCGUUUACAUCAUGAUGAGGAUGAUGGUGGUGGUGGUGGUGGUGGUGGUGGUGGUGGUGGUGGUGGUGGUGGUGGUGGUGGUGGUGGUGGUGGUGAUGGUGGUGGAGGUGGUGGUGGUGGUGGCAGUGGUGAUGAUGAUGAUGAUGAUGAUGAUGGUGGUGGUGAUGAUGAUGAUGAUGAUGAUGAUGAUGAGGGGGAGGAUGAUACUAAUAAUAAUAAUAAUAAAAACGGAGAAGGGGAGGGGAGGAAAAAAGGACAGUUUCCCUACGUAGUUUUUGCAAAGUUCGACUCUCUUUCUCUAAUUCUCACAAGUGAAAUUGGUCACCGUUUAACCAGUAUCUACAGUCGGCGAUAUGGUGAGUAA